AAAAAUGAUUUUUCAUUAAAAUUAAAAACAAUUACUUUAUCCUCCUCCAAACUCCAAAGUGAGUAACCAUAUAUAGCCACCCUCUCUCCUCCGAUCACUCUCCACUCCAGUGUGGAAAAUCAAAACAAGGUGCCAUCUUUGUUUGUUAUACAUGACCAUGGCCAUGCCCCUGUUUCUGAUGUUCCUUCUUCUGCACAUAGCUUGGGUGGCAUCGUCGGAUCUCCGACCUGGGUUUUACUCAAAAACAUGUCCAAAAGCGGAACUCAUAGUCCGAGAUGUGAUGAAGAAGGCCCUUAUGAGGGAACCCAGAAGUGUUGCCUCUGUUAUGCGCUUCCAGUUCCAUGAUUGCUUUGUCAACGGGUGUGAUGGUUCUAUGUUGCUUGAUGAUACACCAACGAUGCUGGGGGAGAAAUUGGCCCUCUCAAAUAUAAAUUCGCUGAGAUCGUAUGAAGUUGUCGAUCAAGUGAAGGAAGCGCUCGAGAAGGACUGCCCCGGAGUGGUUUCCUGUGCUGACAUCAUAAUUAUGGCAUCUAGAGAUGCUGUCUCUCUGACAGGUGGACCUGAGUGGGAGGUGAGGUUGGGAAGAUUGGACAGCUUGAGUGCUAAUCAAGAAGACUCAAACAACAUCAUGCCAAGCCCAAGAGCCAACGCAAGCUCUCUUAUUGAUCUCUUCCAGAAAUAUAACCUUACUGUGAAAGACCUAGUAGCACUCUCAGGAUCUCACUCUAUUGGCCAAGGUCGUUGUUUCUCCGUCAUGUUUAGGCUAUACAAUCAAUCUGGAACUGGAAGGCCUGACCCUGCCAUUGACCCUAGCUAUAGACAAUACCUUAACAGGCUAUGUCCACUGGAUGUUGACCAAAAUGUCACAGGGAACCUUGAUUCCACGCCUCUCGUCUUUGAUAACCAAUAUUUCAAGGACUUGGCUGCUAGGAGGGGCUUUCUCAAUUCUGAUCAAACACUCUUCACAUUCCCCCACACAAGGGAGUUUGUGAGGUUAUUUAGUAGACGCAAAACUGAGUUUUUCAAGGCAUUUGUGGAAGGAAUGUUGAAAAUGGGUGACUUGCAGUCUGGUCGACCUGGGGAAGUUAGGACUAACUGCAGGCUCGUCAAUGCUCGCCCGAUUAAUUUGCUGCUUCAGUCUCCACACAACAUGGAGAGUAACGAUAAAUAAAUAAAAAAUAAAUGCGUGUCUCUUCAUAUUAUAUGUUAUCCAAAUAUGAAACGAAAUAUUUUCACUUCCAAAUUCAAAUGUUUAAGAGUGUUAUCAAAAGAAUCGUAUUUGAAAAAUUAAAUGCAGCCUAUUUCACUUCUAAA